GAGUAGUUGGUUGAUUCCAAACAAAAAUAAAACAAGAGAAGUAUAAUAUACGACAAUUAGAUUAUGGCUUUAUUUAUCUUUUUGAAUUAUAAAAAUUAAAAAAAAUAAUAAAUCAAUAUCAAAGUAUUAAAAGAAAUUCAAAGCAACCGAAAAGCUAAAGUUAGUACUUCAAAAUUCUGAAAUGUUGAGUUCACUGGUAAGGCGAGGGAAGAUGUACUAAAACGAAUCCAUGUCGUCGCCUCUACGGCUGUAACUUGUCUUCAAAGCUAAAACGCAACCCUUUUUUUUUUAUUUAUUGUUCCAAACGACACAGAAUAACAAGCAAACCGAAACAACAGUUUACAGCUUUCUGGGUGUCGAGCGAAACAUCCUUUGCAAUCCUAAAAACUUGGCUGUCGGAGACCCGGAGUGUCACACUUUCAGGAGAGAUGUCAUGCUUAAAGCAUCUCUGGGAAGAUGUCGCAACUCAACUUUCGGUGCUGCAAAUGCCUAGCUUUUUAUCUUUCGCAGAAACUUUAAGUUAUACAGCCUGCAGACAGUUAUCUCAGAUGUUCUUGGCAAUAACUUUCUUUCAUAGUUCAGAAUAUAUCCUGGCAAUUGCCAUUCAUGGGAGAUCAAAUGUUACUCUCAAAUCAUUUCUCAUCAGCAAAAAUUAUCUUUUCGCUAUGAUCCUUUCAUUGCUGGAGUACUUCCUUGAAAUUGUUCUAUUUCCUGGGUUGAAGGAACACUGGUGGAUAAGUGACACAGGUCUUGCAAUGGUGGUAAUAGGGGAGAUUAUACGAAAGUUGGCAAUUAUAACUGCUGGUCAAGCCUUCACACAUGUUAUCAAGGUUUACCACGAGGAGCAUCAUCAACUAAUUACUCACGGAGUCUAUAGAUUUGUCCGUCAUCCAGGGUACUCUGGUUUCCUCAUUUGGUCAGUUGGCAUUCAGAUAAUGCUCUGCAAUCCCAUAUCCACAAUCGCUUUUGCAAUUGUUGUUUGGCAAUUCUUUGCAGAAAGAAUACCUUAUGAAGAGUAUUUCUUAAAGCAGUUUUUUGGGUCAGACUAUGAGGAUUAUGCACUUCGGGUCCCUUCUGGGGUGCCAUUUGUAAAAUGAAGAUUUAUGAAUUCCGUUGGUAGGGCUGGAUUUGUCUUUCCAUUAGCUUUUUGAGUAGGGAUUCGUUCCGACUUUUGAGAUUGAAACGAUUAGCAGUAACUGGAGCAAGAUUUUCCUAAUAUUGCUACCUCUUAAUUUCCUUGUAGUUGUAGACUUUUAAGGUGGGUCGGAUGAUGGCCUUUAAUCAUGGUGGGAGAAUCUUCUUGGGGAUGGGCGGGAAUUGGCCCUUAAAUACGUGCUGGAUUCACCUGGGCGUUAUAUUCAGGCUCUUCAAGAGUACUGAUCUUGAAAUCUGAAAUAGUAUUCUCUGUGCUUUUAACUUAAUUGGUACGACAGUGAAAAACCAUACCUUUGGUUUUCAAAAAUAUGAACACAGGCGUCCUAUUCUUGUCACCAGACGAGAAAGUGUCAUUCUUAUGGUGAUGCUGUUUGUGAUGUAACAUUGCUGGAUUAGAAUUUUUCAUUCUGCUACUGAUGCUGUAAUAAGCCUGUAAUUCUGCCAGAUUAGAGUUUUUCAUUUUGUGAUACUGUAGCGUCUGUGGAUCACACAAUAAAGAAAGCCGUUGAUGGCCUUACUGUUUUUCACAAGGGAAAUACAUUCAAGCUCAUCUCUUUACAUUGGGAGGGAGUUACCAAAUGCCAUCGCCAGGAGAGAGACAGCUCAAAUGGAUAAGAAUCGCAGAAGUAGUUGCUGUUGCAACCAUGGAGAUUCGCUUGUGUUUUAAACAAAAUGAACAUACUAUUUUCUUGCUUCUCAACCAGAGUUCAAACUUAGCGCAGAAAAUUAGUUAACUCAUCUCUGAAAAUUGACAUGGACCAAACUGAGCACAUCAAAGAAGUUGACUUAUUUCUCAACACCGGAACAGGAUUGCAUGUAUUGACUAUUUUCCUCAGGAGACAUGAAAAAUUCACACCGCUAUAAAUCUUUGAAAACA